UCCCACUUGGCCCGACGACAACUCGCUUCUUCACCCCUCCACCGUCCGACAAACCGAAGAUUCGCAGCACCACCAGAGACCGCCCGACUGACCGAGAAAUCCCCCGCAGUUGGAAUCCGCUGCUCCAGUCACAAACAUGUCGUUCGGAGGCCAAACGCCGACGAUUAUCGUCCUCAAGGAAGGCACCGAUACUUCCCAGGGCAAGGGUCAAAUCGUCACCAACAUCAACGCCUGUCUCGCCGUGCAGGCCACCAUCAAGUCCACUCUCGGUCCCUAUGGCGGCGACCUGUUGAUGGUUGAUGAGAAUGGCCGACAGACUAUUACCAACGACGGUGCCACCGUUAUGAAGCUCCUCGACAUCGUCCACCCCGCAGCCCGAAUCCUCGUCGACAUCGCCCGAUCGCAAGACGCCGAAGUUGGCGAUGGAACCACAUCCGUCGUCGUCCUCGCCGGUGAGAUCCUCAAGGAGGUUAAGGAGCACGUCGAGCAGGGCGUCAGCUCCCAGGUCAUCAUCAAGGGCCUGCGAAGAGCCUCUCAGAUGGCUGUCAACAAGAUCAAGGAGAUUGCCAUCAACACCGACGAGGCCAACCGCCGCGAGACUCUCACCAAGCUGGCUUCCACCGCCAUGACCAGCAAGCUGAUUAAGCGGAAUACUCCCUUCUUCACUAAGAUGGUGGUCGAUGCCGUGCUGUCCCUCGACCAGGACGACCUCGACGAGAAGUUGAUUGGCAUCAAGAAGAUCCCUGGUGGUUCCCUCACCGACUCCAUGUUUAUCAACGGUGUCGCCUUCAAGAAGACCUUUUCCUACGCCGGUUUCGAGCAACAACCGAAGUCAUUCGAGAAGCCCAAGAUUGUGUGCCUAAACGUCGAGUUGGAGUUGAAGGCCGAGAAGGAUAACGCCGAGGUCCGCGUGGAGCAGGUGUCCGAGUACCAGGCGAUCGUCGAUGCUGAGUGGCAGAUUAUCUUCAAAAAGCUUGAAUCGAUCCACGAGACUGGUGCCAAGGUGGUGCUGAGCAAGCUCCCCAUUGGUGACCUGGCUACGCAGUACUUUGCCGACCGAGACAUUUUCUGUGCUGGCCGUGUUGCCAGUGAAGAUAUGGAGCGCGUGGUCCAGGCUACCGGUGCCGUGAUUCAGUCCACUUGCUCCGACAUCCUGCCUGAGCACCUGGGUACUUGCGGUUCCUUCGACGAGCGCCAGAUUGGUGGCGAGCGCUUCAACUUCUUUGAGGACUGCCCCGAGGCCAAGACCUGCACUCUGGUCCUCCGUGGCGGUGCUGAGCAGUUCAUUGCCGAGGUGGAGCGAUCCCUGCACGAUGCCAUCAUGAUUGUCAAGCGUGCGAUCCGAAACCACCUGAUCGUGGGUGGUGGUGGCGCCGUGGAGAUGGAGAUUUCGGCUUACCUGCACCGCUUCGCAGACAAGAACAUCCCCCACAAGCAACAAGCCAUCAUCAAGGCCUUCGCCAAGGCCCUUGAGAUCAUCCCCCGCCAGCUAUGCGACAACGCCGGCUUCGACGCGACUGAUAUCCUCAACAAGUUGCGUGUAGAGCACCGCAAGGGCUCGACCUGGGCCGGUGUUGACUUCCAGAAUGAGGGAGUCACCGACAUGAUGGAGCGCUUCGUCUGGGAGCCUGCGCUUAUCAAGACCAACGCCAUCCAGGCCGCCACAGAGGCCAGCUGCUUGAUCCUCGGUGUCGACGAGACGAUCCAAAACGAGGAGAGCCAGAAGCCCCAGGCUCCUGGCCAACUGCCGCCGGGCGCCGCUCAGCGGGCGCUCAGGGGACGAGGACGGGGUAUGCCUCGGAGGUAAAGGAAAAAACGAAUGAGCUGGGGAAGCAAGAAGAGUGAAUCCCAAGAUAAUAAGGGGACCCGGUGUCACGGGCGGGAGUUUGGAGGAAUCUGUAUGAUACCUAGACUUACCUGAUCUCUAGAAAAAACUUGAAUGACCUCCAUCUUUUUUGAAUCUUA